UAGCCUGCUGGCAUCCCACAGCCCCCGCCUGGCCCUUCUUCUACCACCCUGCUCUCUCUCUCUCUCUCUCUCUCUCUCUCUCUCUGACAGGAGAGCAGACUUGGAGAGAAACGUAAGUUGAGAAGAUCCACUGGUCAUCUGAUGAUGAGCUCAGAAGGAGAUGAGAUGGGCAGGAAGAUGAGCAAAGAAAAGGAGCCAUGGAAGAAGCUUGACUAUUCCUUCUUACCCUUGAAACCUUCCACCCAUCUCUCCAUCUUUUCUUCCUCAUCUCUUCUAAGACCCGCAACCUCUUAGAAACCUAUCCCUUAUUCCAUCCCUUCCUCCUCACCUACAUCCGUACCACUACCACCUAACAACCCGUAACAAACAGGAAGCACCAAAAGAACACGCCCAUGAAAAGGCCAAGCAGCUCAGGCUCCUUUGGAGGAAUAGAAGGAAAGGAACCUGGUCUCAUUCCCAUCUCACCAUCAGUGGAGGAGAAAGGGAAGUAUGAAGGUAGAUUCCAAUCCAUGUCGGAUGGAAUGGAGGGGGUGGAGUGCGAGGACGAGGAGCUGUGCUCCCACGGUCAAUCUGCGCUGGGGGAGAAGAAGCGCCGGCUGAGCGUGGACCAGGUGAAGGCCCUGGAGAAGAACUUCGAGGUGGAGAACAAGCUGGACCCGGACCGGAAGGCCCGGCUGGCCCAAGAUUUGGGCCUCCAGCCCCGGCAGGUGGCGGUCUGGUUCCAGAACCGCCGCGCCCGGUGGAAGACCAAGCAGCUGGAGCGCGACUACGGCGCCCUCCGGGCCCGCUACGAGGCCCUCAAGAUCGACUGCGACGCCCUCCGCCACGACAAGGGGAAUCUCACCGCCGAGAUAAAGGAGCUUAAAGCCAAGUUAGCGAAUUCUGCAACUACAACAAGAUUGAAGAACAAAGAUGCGGAGGAGAGGCCGGCUUUGAUCUAUAGGGACGGGGCUUCGGACAGCGAUUCCAGCGUGGUGUUUAAUGAUGAGAACAGCCCUUACUCUGGGGUGGCGCUGGACCAAGACUACUUUAUGGGAUUCAAGUCCUACUCCUCUUCUUCGUCUUUGUUUGAGAGCAGAGCUUUAGAUCAGAAGGACUACUUGGAAGAGGGGUUUUUGAGCGGCGAGGAGCUUUGCAGUGGCUUGUUCGCGGAGGAGCAGCCAGCGGGCCUCUCUUGGUACUGCUCCGAGCCAUGGGAGUAGGCAUUCUGGAGUGCUUCUUUCUUGUAAAAUGGCAGUGUAACUGGAGCUUCUGUAAUGCGAACCGUGUAGAAAGGGGCUUAGCUUUUGGAGCCGGAGAGGAGAGAAGGAUGAUGAAAGGUGGGGUGGAAAGCGACCUAUCUCUCUAACCCAAAAAAUUGCCCAUUGCUUUGUGUGAGGUUUUAUUGGCGGAAUCGCCCCGGUUAGAGUAGGGGAAGCUAGGGAAUAAAGGGGUAAUUUUGAGAGAAUGGACUGAUGUAGAUGGGAUAUUUGUUGGUGGUAAGUGGGGAAUGUUUCACUUCUUUGGGCAUGGUAACAUCUACGUGUCUUUCUUAUUUCUAUGAAGCAAUAUUAUGUUGGACCUUAUCUAUAAUUGAGAUUUUAUAUAAAAUUAUCUUUUACUAUUACAAGA